AUGGAUUUUCAGCAACCGCAACGUCUCGCAAACGACCUAACUGCGAGUAUCAAGUUGAUGUCAAGCUCAAGGCAUAGCGACGCAGAAGUUCUGCGCAAGAGCAUUUUGGCAACUGCAAAAUCGCUAGUUCAGUCACUGGAGAAGCCGGAAGAAGUUGCGAUGUGGUGGGUGAAGACGGCACAUUGCGAAAGAGCAGCCUUGAGGAUUGCCGUAGAUCUGCGUAUCUUUCAUAUUCUGUGCGACGCAAAUGGGCCGGUAACCUCUCGGCAGCUUGCUGAGAAGACAAAUGCGGAAGAGUUACUGAUAGUUCGGUUAAUGCGACUUCUCUGCAGCUUUGACUUUGCGAAAGAAGCAUGCGAGAAGGUAUACCUCGCAACAAAAUACAGCAAGGCGAUGACUGAGCCAGGUAUCGAAGGGGGCAUGAAAGCGAUUAGCGACUCCGAGUCAGUGAGCCAUCUAUCAAGCUACUUGAAGGAGAAGGGCUACAAAUGUCCGACAAAUAUCAAGGACACAACCUUUCAAUGGGCAUACAAGACGAAGUCUACUUGGUUUGAAAGUCUUCACGAAUGCCCAGAAAGCAUGUCAGCCUUCAACGACUUCAUGGGAGUGAUACGAUCUACAAGGAAGUUUUGGGCCGAUUGGUACGAUGUGCAAAGCAGACUCAUAGACGGAUUUAAGGAUGGUGCUUUCCUGGUUGACAUUGGCGGUGGUAAAGGCCAUGAUACCAUGAAGUUGUUAGAAAGGUUCCCACAUAUCGAAGGGUCAUUGGUCUUACAGGACUUGCCUGGCACAAUCGAACAUCUUCCAGCUGACUUUCCAGAGAGAAUCACGCCGAUGAGCCAUGACUUCUUUGCUGAGCAGCCUAUAAAAGAACAAGGAGCAAGGGUGUACUUCGUGCACCUCAUAUUUCACGACUGGCCAGAUCAUGACUGCCGGAAGAUCUUAAAGAGAAUAAAGGAAGCCAUGAAACCAGGCUAUUCGAAACUGGUAAUCAAUGAAGCUAUACUUCCUGCCGUCGGAUGCGCGUCUUGGUUUGCCGCAGCCGACUUCACAAUGAUGACCAACUUUGGAGCAAAGGAGCGAACCGCAUCUGACUGGAGAACCCUUGUCGAAUCAGUGGGACUGACUGUGUUGGAUGUUCAGGAAUGUCCAUUCGAUGACGACCUUGAAGGUAUCAUUGAGGUGGUGCUGGAAAAUGAGACUUCUUAG